AACAGGAAGCUUUUCUUACUCAUGAGAGAUCUUUGUUCACUGCCGACUCUGCUUUGACUGCAUCUGCAAAUGGAAAGGUUUAAUAUCCUCCUUUUGAUAAUGGCAGUGACUGUGCAAGUAACAUCUCAAGACAGCACUGGUGAACCUCCUAUUCAGAUUUCCAAGCCGAAGAUUACUCUGAAUCCAUCUCAUGCGGUGCUGUACAGCACAGAGACAGUCACUCUGCACUGUGAGGUCCCUGAGGAACCAACGGGGUUACAGUAUGACUGGUACAAGGACUCAGCUGAUCUUAGUGAACAUCAGCCCAGCAUAACUGUGAGAGGCAGUGGAACAUAUGAAUGCAAAGCAAAAAAAGGAGCUUCUGAGUCAGAAAAAAGUGCUAGUUACACUUUAACUCUAAAAGAUCCUCCUAAAGCAAAGCUGACUAUGGAUCCUAAAUGGACAGAGUUUUUCCCAAAUGAAAACAUCAAUCUGCAGUGUGAAAUUGAAGGUGGUUCUUCAGGCUGGACCUUCCAGUGGAUGAAAGAUACCUGGACUUCAGAAAACAACAGUGUCUUAGCAAUCACUUUAAAACACUCUGACUCUGGAAAAUAUUCCUGUAAAGGAAAACUCAAAAACAGACAAGUAACUACUCAACAAAGUAAUGCAUUUCAACUGAAUGUCAAAGUACCACCUGAACCAAAAAUCCAGUCUGAUUGGACAGAAGCGUUUCCUGGUGAAAAAGUGUCUUUGCAGUGUGUGAUUCAAGGUGUUUCAGAAAACUGGAAUUAUAUGUGGUUCAAUGAUUUAGGCAAAAUCUUCUCCAGUGGUGAAACAAUCAUAAAAGGGAACACUCUCACACUCUCAGUAAAGUCCAGUCAUAACUAUAUGUGUCAAGCUAAGCUGCAGGGCAGAAAGGUGACGACUGCAAAAAGCACACCACAUUUGAUAACAGUUAAAGAACUGCCUCAGCUGAAAUUGUCAAUAGAGUCUCAAUGGAAUAUGUUUUACCCAACUGAGAAAGUGACCAUGAAGUGUUCAGUUGAUGAUGAGUCAAAUAAAUGGGGCUAUGAAUGGUUUAAAAAUGGAGAUUUGCUUGAAGAGGAUGAGAACAUUUCCUUUUCUGGAAACACACUCUCCAUCAGCUCAGCAAAAGCGGGUCAUUCAGGACAGUAUACCUGCAGAGGAAAACAUCUGACGAGAACAUCAGUGACUACAACAGAAACUGAAGCUGUGCAACUUCAUAUUCAGGACAUCAAACCAAAACCAACCAUCACAAAAAAUGAAUGGUUUAAAUUCUUCUACACUGAGGAGCGAGUCCAGCUUAAAUGUAACAUGACAGGAGUAGGUUGGGAAUACCACUUGUAUAAAGACUUAAAGCUUCGGAUCACAAAUCCAGAAUUGACCAUUGACGCAGUAUCUCUGAAUGACGCUGGUGACUAUUACUGCAAAGCACAGAGAGGAGACUUCUCAGUGGACAGUGAGACUCUACAAGUGCGAGUUCAGAAACCACCUGAACCACAAAUCCGGUCUGACUGGACAGAAGCAUUUCCUGGUGAAAAAGUGUCUUUGCAGUGUGUGAUUCAAGGUGUUCCAGAAAAUUGGAAUUAUAUGUGGUUCAAGAACUCAAGCAAAAUCUUCUCUAGUGGUGACACAAACACAACAGGGAACACUCUCAUACUCUCAGUAAAGUCCAGUCAUUACGGGGCCUACAUGUGUCAAGCUGAGCUGCAGGGCAGAAAGGUGACGACUGCAAAAAGCACACCACAUUUGAUAACAGUCCAUGGAUCACAGCCAACAAUCCUUCUGCAGCAAGAUCCAUCACACCCAGCGAUCUACACUGGAGAACAAGUCAAACUCACUUGUAGCAUUCAAGAGAAGACUUCAAAAUGGCAAUAUUUUUGGCAAAAAGAUUCACAGCAAGUAAACACUGACAACAAUCCCAUUUACACUAUUCAAAAUGCUACAUGCUCUCAACAAGGGAAUUACACUUGUCAAGUAAGAAGGGGAGAGACGACAUAUACAAAGUCUACAAUAUUGACAAUAAGAGAGCCACCUAAACCAAAUCUGUCAAUAGAGUCUCAAUGGCAUAUGUUUUACCAAACUGAGAAAGUGACUCUGAAGUGUUCAGUUGAUGAAGAGUCAAAUAAAUGGGGCUAUGAAUGGUUUAAGAAUGGAGGUUUGGUUAAAAGAGAUGAGAACAUUUCCUUUUCUGGAAACACACUCUCCAUCAGCUCAGCAAAAGCGAGUCAUUCAGGACAGUAUACCUGCAGAGGAAAACAUCUGACGAGAACAUCAGUGACUACAAGAGAAACUGGAGCUGUGCAACUUCAUAUUCAGGACAAGAAACCAAAACCAACCAUCACAAAACAUGAGUGGUUUGAAUUCUUCUACACUGAGGAGCGAGUCCAUCUUAAAUGUAACAUGACAGGAGUAGGUUGGGAAUACAAGUGGUAUAAAGACUUAAACCUUUGGAUUGCAAAUCCAGAAUUGACCAUCAACGCAGUAUCUCUGAAUGACGCUGGUGACUAUUACUGCAAAGCACAGAGAGGAGACUUCUCAGUGGACAGUGAGACUCUACAAGUGCGAGUUCAGAAACCACCUGAACCACAAAUCCAGUCUAACUGGACAGAAGCAUUUCCUGGUGAAAAAGUGUCUUUGCAGUGUGUGAUUCAAGGUGUUCCAGAAAACUGGAAUUAUAUGUGGUUCAAGAACUCAAGCAAAAUCUUCUCUAGUGGUGAAACAAACAUAACAGGGAACACUCUCAUACUCUCAGUAAAGUCCAGUCAUGACGGGGCCUACAUGUGUCAAGCUGAGCUGCAGGGCAGAAAUGUGAUGACUACAAAAAGUACACCACAUUUGAUAACAGUCCAUGGAUCACAGCCAACAAUCCUUCUGCAGCAAGAUCCAUCACACCCAGAGAUCUACACUGGAGAACAAGUCAAACUCACUUGUAGCAUUCAAGAGAAGACUUCAAAAUGGCAAUAUUUUUGGCAAAAAGAUUCACAGCAAGUAAACACUGACAACAAUCCCAUUUACACUAUUCAAAAUGCUACAUGCUCUCAACAAGGGAAUUACACUUGUCAAGUAAGAAGGGGAGAGAUGACAUAUACAAAGUCUACAAUAUUGACAAUAAGAGAGCCACCUAAACCAAAUCUGUCAAUAGAGUCUGAAUGGAAUAUGUUCUACCAAACUGAGAAAGUGACUCUGAAGUGUUCAGUUGAUGAAGAGUCAAAUAAAUGGGGCUAUGAAUGGUUUAAAAAUGGAGGUUUGGUUAAAAGAGAUGAGAAGAUUUCCUUUUCUGGAAACACACUCUCCAUCAGCUCAGCAAAAGCGAGUCAUUCAGGACAGUAUACCUGCAGAGGAAAACAUCUGACGAGAACAUCAGUGACUACAAGAGAAACUGAAGCUGUGCAACUUCAUAUUCAGGACAAGAAACCAAAACCAACCAUCACAAAACAUGAGUGGUUUGAAUUCUUCUACACUGAGGAGCGAGUCCAGCUUAAAUGUAACAUGACAGGAGUAGGUUGGGAAUACAAGUGGUAUAAAGACUUAAACUUUCGGAUCACAAAUCCAGAAUUGACCAUCAACGCAGUAUCUCUGACUGACGCUGGUGACUAUUACUGCAAAGCACAGCGAGGAAACUUCUCAGUGGACAGUGAGACUCUACAAGUGCGAGUUCAGACUCGUCCACCUGCAUUUCUGAGAAUGGAGACUGAACUGAGCGACAUCAUGACUGGGGAUGUGACUCUGAGGUGUAACGUCUCAGACGGCAGACAGUGGAACUACACCUGGUUCAUGAACGGACAGGAGCUCAAUGGAUCCUCAGAUGUACUCAAAGUGACAGGAAAUGAAGAAACAAUCAAAAGUGAAUUCAAGUGCAAGGGAAUAAACACAAAGAGACCACUGUACUCCGCUCUGAGUGACGGCUCCAUAGCCAAUAAUAUUAUUUUUAAAAGAAAGAUACUGCUGGCCAUCUCAGGAAGUCUCGUCUGUUGUAUUGUAAUCCUGAUCAUUGGAUGCAUCGUUCUAAAAAUCACCCGUAAACCAGGGGUAAAAGAAACAGCACCAGAGGAUUUGUUAUUCUCAAUGACAGACUCCAAGAAUCAAACUAUUUCACCCAUGAAGGAGUACAUGGACAACAGACAAACAGAGCUGGAGGAAUGUCAGGAAAAAGCAGAACUAAUCUUAGACCAUGCUUCAGCUGUUCAUGAGGAUGGUGUGAUUAAAGAUGAAGACGCACCAGCAUCAGUAGCCAAUGGCCUGACAUCAUUCAAAGGACUCUGUGAAUAAUUUCGCCAGCAAUCAACAUGCACUGAGGCACAGCUUAAUGACAUAUGCUCAUUUUAAAACGACUGCAUUAGUACUUUGUCUAGCAGGAACUGCACUUUUGUACACUUUUAUAAGCUGAAAACCAGCUUGUUUGCAAAUUUAAAACAAAAACAAACAACAAAAUGUAGAACUGCAGUAUUGUAGAGACCUACUGUUUUUAAAUGAAGACAGUGAUUUUAUGGGGAGAUGAAUAACAGACGGUAAGAAAUAACAAUGUUCAGAAGUAAUAAUAAUAAUAAGUUAUUUCUGUACAUAUCUGUACAUACCCAUAAUAUCUGUUUCAUAAUGCAAAUAUUACAACACAACAAUACAGAAAGCAAAAAAGAAAAAAAUGUUGAUUGUAAUACAUUCACUGGAUUAUUUUGCUACAGUAAUUUAUUUGCAUAUUAAAAAAAAAAGCUUUUAUUUUUUUCCUCUAUAUGAUUGCCAUAUGCUUACAAUUUUUUAUUGAAGAUAUUUUCUUAAAACUAUUGUUUUUCUUUCCAAGAUUGUUUUAAGUGUUAUGGUUGUGGAUUUUUUACAUUUAAAUAAACAAGUUUA